GAGGUAUGCUUCUGGAGAAACUCGUGUUAUUGCUGGUGCCUCAGUUUUUGUUUCAAAAAAAAGUUCUGCUACACCAGAGGUAGCUAUAGACUGUUUCGCGUUUCUCAUAUUUGGCGUAAUCUUGUCGAUGGCCCCUAGUUUUGGGCAAGCGUCAAUGACGUCAGGCACCCUGAAGCCUUCCCCAGCCACCACAGAAGCCGUGUCCACUGCAUCCGCAACAUGCAGCACAUGCCACCACUUUGCAAACGGCCAUGAAACCAGUGUAUCGGUCACGGCGUUUCUUUUCUCCGUAGGCGGCUGUCAAGGAUGUUCCAUCAUUCUCAAGGCUCUCGAUGCCGUUACCGAUAUUCGACGACCAGAGUUCAAAACUAUCAAGAUCAAACGCAUAGAGGCGGAAGACCAUUGGUCCUUUUUGGACCCCAAGAAUGUAUUGCAUGUACGAUGUGAGCAGGAAGGUGAGCCAUACGGGGGAAGGGUUUUAUUUGGGAAGCGGUAUGUGGAUUCAAGGCCAAACGAUUAUGAGAUUUAUACUCCAAUUAGUGCGGGAGAAGACUCUGCCAUUCCAUGGCUAGGUUUGCGGAAUGGUUCAAGAGAUAGGUAUCGAGAGCAGUCAAACAGCCUGGAAGACCGCUUGAAUGAAGCGCGGAUUUGGUACGAGGAUUGCAAGGCCAAUCAUCCGCUUUGUGUGCCGCGCAAAGACGGAUGGCCACGCCGAAUCCUUGACCUCUCAGUUGACUCUAUUCGCCUCGUUAACACUGAAGCAAUUGAGUCAACAUCUUCGCAACUACAAGAAGGCUACGCAUGUCUCAGUUACGCAUGGGGAACUACUGGGAAUCUCAAAACUCUGAAAGACAAUUUACAAUCACAUAUGCAGGGUAUCGAUGUCCACACACUCCCCCGUACUCUCGCUGAUGCUGUUCAUGUCUCUCGGGCCUUUGGCUUACGGUACCUAUGGAUCGAUGCACUAUGCAUCAUUCAAGACGAUGUACAAGAUUGGAUGGAUCAGAUCCCACGCAUGUCAUCUAUUUACCAAGGAGCCGAACUUGUCAUUUCAGCGCAAGGUGCCUCCAGCGUCCAGGAGGGAUUUCUCAGUCUAGGUUCAGCGGCGAAUGCACCCCUGAAACGCAUCGAGGUACCCUUCCGCAUGCCAGACGGGACUUCUCGCACAGUCAAACUCUCAAUUCGCGAACGAGAGCAGAAAUAUCAUAACGUUCCGGCGCAUCAUUCGUCUCGACCGAUGGUCGAUGACAAUACUCAUAUUGAUGAUGUCCUCGUUCCUCUCACAACCCGCGCGUGGGUUUUUCAGGAGAGCUUUCUAGCACGUAGGAUUCUAUAUGCUACGCCAUCUGAACUAGCUUGGGAGUGUAGCAACCACGAAAGAUGCGAGUGUCGUGUCUCUCCAACGGAAGGCUCCACUCGUCUAGCUCUAGAUUUUGAUGAUUACGGACUUGUACGCACAUUGGGUCAAUUGAUUCGUGCAGAUAGUCUCAGAUCGGCUGAGCAACCCCUCAGUAGCAAACCGAAAUUAUGGGCCGAAGUUGUGCAAAGGUACUCAGACAAGAACCUGACUAGGUGGACGGAUCGUUUGGCCGCGAUACAGGGUGUAGUUGAGGCCUUGGCUCAAGCCAUGCCAGAUGAUUUCAACACUGAGAAUUACUUGUUCGGACUUUGGAAGCCAAAUCUGGAGAAGUUCAUGCUUUGGGGUCGACAUCCAAGGACUCCGGGAGACUCUGCGAGAGCUGCGACGUUGAGACAAAUUGCACCAUCGUGGUCCUGGGUGUCAAGCGUUGGAGAGGUGUCGUACUAUGACUCUAUUUUCAUGCCCAAAGCUCAGAUCCAUACACGUGUCAUUCGCGUCGAGCGGGAAGAGUCUAAUACCUUGGAGAUCAACGUCUUCGGAGCUGGCCACUGUACCUUGACAAUGUUCGGCUUUUGCAUCCCAAUUCAGCAAGAACCACUAAAUCGAAAACUCCACCAGGAACAUCCCCUAGAAGAAGACAAUCAGGGAGUACCCUUCCUCUUUCCUGAACGCUACACAGCGGAGUGGAACUAUGGCCCUCCGACCAUCGACAUGAUUCCGGAUGACCCGACCGAUGAAACCGUGUUUGACCGCGUGACACAUUUUGUGCCCUUGGUCAGCGGUCAGCCAUAUGAUGAAGACGAUCCGGAUCCGCGAUUGCAACAUCAAGGACUAUUCCUGGAGAUGGUAGCAGGCCCAGAAGAGGAAAAAGAACCCUACGAAAUGGAGCACGAAGGUGUUGAUCAUGAUAUCAAGUUUGAAGGCACCUUCAGACGAGUUGGUUUUGGCUACGAUUAUGUCUCUGAGGUACAUCUUCACUGGUAUAGUACGGAGGACUAUAUUAGCGAGCUCCGCGCUUUCAAGCUUGUAUGAAGAUAACAUAAAUCGGUCGAAGGACUAUGACAUCAAAUAAGGCAUUACUAGAGAGUAUAUCCCAAUAUACCAAGACAUAUCCCAGUUCACCUCUUG